AAGGGUAUUGAAAAGAGUACCCAACCAACCAUACUGACAGCGUCCGGAAUAACAUUGCCUGCGAGAGCGAGAUCACCAUGACCGAAACACUGUCUUUCUUUCUCACGCUGCCUAUGCUCAGAAGAACUGACGAACGAUAUGCCGGACGGUGCAAAGAUCAGUCGAAUGUUUGUGAGUCCGUGUUGGUUGUCAGCGCUUUUCUUUCAAUCAAAACAUAACCGAUCAGACCGUUAUUGUGAGUUAACGAAAUAAAGAGUUUUAAAAAAAUUGAUAAUGUCUCGUAGAACGUUUUUUAAUCGACAUCGGCGUACGGGAAACCUGUACAAGUUGAAUGCUAAAAGGCUGAACCGACUGAGCAACUUUGAUGAAUCCUCUGAUGAUGUUGAUACUAUUGACGAUGGAGCAGGAUUCAGUGCGUGGAAUGCUCCUUCAGCAAAUUUACAAUCAUCCGGCGAGGAGGCGAAUUCCGAGGAUCCUGAGGAAGCAACAGCUCGGCACGGAAAAUAUGGGGACAUGUCGCUGAAAGAAUGUCUUCGAUACUGUGCUUUGGUGAAAGGGAUCCCUCAUGAAACCAUGAAUUUAAUUCUGGACGUUCUCCGAGAAAAAACUCCUUAUAAUUUACCUAAGGACGCUCGGACACUAUUAAAAACGAGCCGAACAGCUGCAUCAAACAUCAUCAACGUUGAAGGAGGGUUGUAUUGGUACAAAGGCGUAAAACAGUGCCUUUUAAAUCGUUUCCGCAAUACGACUUUACCGGCAGAGUUGUCGCUCAACGUAUCAAUCGAUGGGUUGCCGCUGCAUAAUAGUAGCCCAGCUACAUUUUGGCCUAUACUGAUUUCCGUACAUGAAAUGCCCUUGGCUCCUCCAAUGACGGUGGCUAUCUUCCACGGGAUAACAAAGCCCCCUAGUAUCGAGGAGUUCUUGCGACCUUUUGUGACCGAGCUAAACGAAUUAGAGGAAUUUGGAUUGACUAUCAAUAAUAUGCAGCACGAAAUCAAAGUUCGGGCUGUAAUAGCAGAUGCCCCGGCAAGGGCGUUUUUGAAAGGUGUUGCUAACUUUAAUGCCAAGCAUGGAUGCUUGAAGUGCACCUGUGUCGGUGAGCAUAAUUCUAGCUCGCGUACGGUUGUCUUCACUGAUUGCGAUGCACCGCUGAGGACAGACUCCUUAUUUCGACAAUUUGCGUACGGGAUACAUCAUAAGGAACCAUCCCCUUUCCUAGAUUUACUAUACAUAGACAUGAUAGAAGAUAUAAUAAUAUCGGAUCGGUUACAUUUAUUAGAUCUAGGAAUUAUGCGGAAACUUUUAAAAGGAUGGGUUUUAGGGCGGUUAGGGCAACCCAAAUGGUCUACUGCCACGUGCAUCGCAUUUUCCAAAGCUCUGAAAGCGAUAAAAUUGCCUAACGAAAUACACCGUUCCUUCCGUAACAUUCAGGACAUAAAUUAUUGGAAGGCGUCGGAGUAUAGUUCCUUCUUGCACUAUGCUAGUGUAGGAGUUUUGAAGGACUACAUUGCUGACGACCAAUACAAGCAUUUUAUGUUAUUUUUUUGCGCAAUAACAAUUUUUUCUUCCAAUGCUUACAGAUCGUACUGGGAGUAUGGUGGGCAGCUUUUAAAAAGUUUUGUCACCCAAUUCCCUCAAAUUUAUGGGACCAGGUACAUGACUAGCAAUGUGCAUAAUCUGCUGCAUGUGGUUGAGGAGAUAAAAAAGUUUGGCCCUCUGAAUACUCUAUCUGCGUAUCCAUUUGAAAAUGAGCUUCAACAUUUAAAGCGCCUAUUGAGAAAUGGAUGGAAAAGCUUACAUCAAAUUGUAAAUCGAUUAUCUGAGCUUGAAGAUUUUCAAAGUCGAAUGAAUCAAGAUGCUGUUCCUUCGCAAGUCAAUUUGACAAAGCAUGGCAGUGAAGUAAUAAUCGAAUGUAAUGGAUUCAAGUUAAAAAAAAAGUUUCAAGACUCGUGGUUCCUCACGGUUGAAAAUCAGGUAGUACAGUAUAGCAGAGCUUUAUAUACAUCAAGUACAUCAGUGGUAAUCAUUGGAAAGCGUUUCAACGACCAUUCACAUUACUUUGAAGAACCUUGCAAUUCCACCGGGCUUAACAUCUGCCAUGUAAAUAUAAACAGUAAAAAUAUAAGUAAAAAUGUCGAGUGUCAUCCAGAGCAUAUAAAAUGCAAGUUAGUAUUAAAUAGAUUAGAUGUUGAAGGGAAUGCUGUACUAAUUCCUUUACUUCAUACUUUAAUGUAAUAGUUUUAGAUGUAAAUAUAAUUAGGUUAAACAUAUGUUUAGUUGUUAUGUAUUUUUGUUGCUUUAUUAUAUUAGGUGUAUGUUGAAAAUAAAACCGAAAUACGUAACCUGUAAUAGAUUUGAUUAAAUAUGCAUACUAUAUUUUUUAUUUCAUUUCUAGGCAUUUAUUUCAGUAAAUUCAGGCAUUUCUUUCAGUAAGCAAAAUUUAAUUAGUAGUGCAACGAGUUAAACAAAACGAAACACAUGAAAAACUUACGUUUGUCGAAGAUGGCAAGAUGUCCUCACAGCACCUUUUAAAUUUAAGCGAUCCUUCGCAUAUUUUAAUUUCCGUUGCAUAAACCUCUUAAAAAAAACAUCAGAAAUUCACUAGACUAUAAGACACUUUCUCAGUCUUGCCAUGUCCGGUCCAGCUACAUUGUGCAAGAAAGACCGGCUGAAAAUGAGAUCAAUGGCCUCGUGCAAUCUAUUGCUUGCAUCCCUGCCAAUGAUUUUCAUUUUCAGCCAGUUUUCGAAAGCAACUCUGUCAUCCACAUCGCUCCCAAGUCGGCUAUUCAAUUCCGCAAGCUCUUGGGCGGUCUCAAUUUGUUUGAAUUCCUUCAAAGGAUGCUGCUCCGUUGCCGGUCGAGCACCACCUAGCAUCUCCAACAUUGUUCGUUGGAGCGCUAUUUGUUUUGUAUUUAUUUUAUCCUGUUUUCGCAGUUGAUCGAUUUCCCGUUGCAUAGCUUCUAAUAUUAUGCAUUGUUCCGGAGAAAACGCGCGAGCUACCGCCUUCUUUCUUUCCAUUUCAGUAAGAUUCCGCCGACCAACCGCACCCGUUGCAGCCGAUGUGGAUGGAUGCGAAGGAUCCGGCACGACACUCGCUGAUGCAACAACAGCAGUGGGAGCAAACUUCCGACCAACCGCACCCGCUGCAGCCGAUGUGGAUGGAUGCGAAGGAUCCGGCACGACACUCGCUGAUGCAACAACAGCAGUGGGAGCAAGCUUCC